AUGGUGGAACUGGACAAGGAGGUGCUGCCCCUGCCCCCGAGGUACCGCUUCCGAGACCUGCUGUUGGGGGACUGGCAGGCAGACGACAGGGUGCAGGUGGAGUUCUACGUGAACGAGAACACAUUCAAGGAGAGGCUGAAGCUCUUCUUCAUUAAAAACCAAAGAUCCAGUCUGAGGGUGCGACUCUUCAACUUUUCCUUGAAGGUUCUGAGCUGUCUGCUUUACAUCAUUCGGGUCCUGCUGGAUGACCCGCGAGAGGGCAGGGCUGGAUGGUCGCUCAUCAUCUGGGUGAACAGACCUGUGCCCCUUUGGGCCCUACAGGUGCUGGUGGCUUUCAUCAGCUUUUUGGAGACCAUGCUGCUGGUGUAUCUCAGCUACAAGGGUAACGUUUGGGAGCAAGUGCUGCGGGUUCCGUUUAUUCUGGAGAUGAUCAGCGCCGUUCCAUUCGUCGUCACGGUGUUUGUGCCGUCGCUCAGGAACCUGUUCAUCCCAGUGUUUCUCAACUGCUGGCUGGCAAAGCACGCGCUGGAGAACAUGAUAAACGAUCUGCACAGAGCCAUCCAGCGUACCCACUCAGCCAUGUUCAACCAGGUCCUCAUCCUGGUCUGCACGCUCGUGUGCCUCAUGUUCACCUGCAUCUGCGGGAUCCAGCACCUGGAGAGGGCCGGGAACAACCUGACACUCUUCGACUCGCUCUACUUCUGCGUGGUCACCUUCUCCACGGUGGGCUUUGGCGACGUCACGCCGCGCAUCUGGCCCUCCCAGCUCCUGGUGGUCAUAAUGAUCUGCGUGGCGCUCAUCGUGCUGCCCAUCCAGUUCGAGCAGCUGGCCUUCCUCUGGAUGGAGCGCCAGAAGUCAGGUGGGAACUACAGCCGCUACCGGGCGCAGACGGAGAAGCACGUGGUGCUGUGCGUGAGCUGCCUCAAGAUCGACCUGCUCAUGGACUUCCUCAACGAGUUCUACGCCCAUCCACGACUGCAGGACUAUUAUGUCGUGAUACUGUGCCCGGCAGAGAUGGACGUCCAGGUGCGCCGGGUGCUACACAUUCCGCUGUGGGCACAGAGGGUCAUCUACCUGCAAGGCUCCGCCCUCAAGGACCAGGACCUCAUGAGGGCCAAGAUGGACGAUGCAGAGGCCUGCUUUAUCCUCAGCAACCGAUUCGAAGUUGACCGCAUCGCCGCUGAUCAUCAGACCAUCCUGAGGGCUUGGGCGGUGAAGGACUUUGCACCCAACUGUCCCCUUUACGUCCAGAUCCUCAAGCCUGAGAACAAAUUCCAUGUGAAGUUUGCAGAUCAUGUGGUGUGUGAGGAGGAGUUCAAGUAUGCUAUGUUGGCCCUGAAUUGUGUGUGUCCUGCCACCUCCACACUCAUCACCCUUUUGAUCCAUUCAUCUAGGGGACAGGAGGGCGUGGCCAGCUCCACGGACCAAUGGCAGCGCACCUACCGUCGCUGCUCAGCCAAUGAGGUGCAUCACAUCCGCCUGGAGGAGAGCAAAUUUUUCGGGGAGUACCAGGGCAAGAGCUUCACCUUCACCUCCUUCCAUGUACAGAAGAAGUACGGAGUUUGUUUGAUUGGAGUGCGCAGACUAGACACUGCCAACAUCCUGUUGAACCCCGGACCAUGUCACAUAAUGGCUGCCUCCGACACCUGCUUUUACAUCAACGUCUCCAAGGAGGAGAAUUCUGCCUUUGUCCGGGGCCACCGAGAGUCUCUGAGGGGCCCUGGGAAAGGGGCGGACAGCGCACCCCAGAACAUCUACCAUGGGCUGACACGCCUGCCCGUCCACAGCAUCAUUGCCAGCAUGGGCACCGUUGCCAUUGACCUCCAUGACUCCAGUGACAGCAGUGCAAUUGUCGGCGGGGGGAACACACUGACCCUUCCCGCCACAGCAGACUCCACCCAGCAAAGACGGCACAGCAUCGCCCCAGUUCUGGACCUGGGGGAAGUCAACGGCCCCACUUUCGAUUUGCUGGGGGACCAGUCCGAUGAUGAGGCGGGGGAAGAUGGAGAAGAAGGAGGAAUAUUCAAGGGUGACCUGCUGUCUCUGUCUGCAAGGUGGGUGAAAGGGUACCCUCUCAACUCGCCCUACAUUGGCAGCUCACCCACUCUCUGCCACCUCCUGCAGGAGAAGGUGCCCUUCUGCUGCCUUCGACUAGACAAGGCUUGUCACCACUCCCCUUGUGAGGAUGCCCGCUCCUAUGGGUUCAAGAACAAACUCAUCAUUGUUUCUGCAGAGAGUGCAGGGAAUGGCCUCUAUAACUUCAUCGUCCCGUUGCGGGCAUACUACCGGCCCAAGAAGGAGCUCAACCCCAUUGUACUACUGCUGGAGAACUCACCUGAGGCCGAUUUCCUAGAGGCCAUCUGUUGGUUCCCCAUGGUCUUCUACACAGUGGGCUCCAUUGACAACCUGGACAGCCUUCUCCGCUGUGGCAUCACGUUUGCCGACACCAUGGUUGUAGUGGACAAAGAGAGCUCCAUGAUUGCCGAGGAGGACUACAUGGCUGACGCCAAGACCAUUGUCAAUGUCCAGACCCUCUUUAGGUUGUUCCCAGCGCUCAGCAUCAUCACCGAGCUGACCCACCCUGCCAACAUGCGCUUUAUGCAGUUCAAGGUGAAGGAUCACAAUUCGCUGGCUCUCUCCAGACUGGAGAAGAAGGAGCGAGAGAAAGGCUCCAAUCUGGUCUUCAUGUUCCGUCUGCCCUUCGCCGCAGGGAAGGUCUUCAGCGUGAGCAUGUUGGAUACCCUAUUGUACCAGUCCUUUGUGAAGGACUACAUGAUCUCCAUCACAAGGCUGUUUCUCGGACUUGACUCCACACCCGGGUCAGGCUUCCUGUGUGCCAUGAAGAUCACUGAAGAGGACUUGUGGAUCCGCACCUAUGGCCGACUGUACCAGAAGCUCUGCUCCUCUACUGGGGACAUCCCCAUCGGCAUCUAUCGAACCGAGUCCCGUGCGCUGCCUGCCUCGGAGUCCCAGGUGUCCAUCAGCGUAGAGGACUGCGAGGACACCCGCGAGGGCCAUGAGCCCCUCCUGUGCCGAGCCGCUCCCCAUCGCAACUCGACAUCAUCUGAACCACCCACCUCCUCCUCCUCCUCAGACCAUCCGCUCCUGCGCCGCAAGAGCAUGCAGUGGGCACGGCGGCUGAGCCGUAAGGGGGGACGGGGCCCAACAGGGGCCAAAGGCCCCGGGAGCGCUGCCGAGCGCAUCAGUCAACAGCGGCUCACGCUCUUCCGCCGCUCCGAGAGGCAGGAGCUUAACUCCCUGGUCCGCACUCGAAUGAAGCACCUGGGCCUGUCGCCAUCUGGAUACAAUGGGAUGACAGACCAGGCUAACACGCUGUCAUACAUUCUGAUCAACCCGUUUCCUGACACUCGACUGGAGCUUCAUGACAUCGUGUAUCUGAUCCGACCCGACCCCCUGUCUCAGAUGCCGAACCGGAGCAGCGCUCGAAACGCAGGCCGAUCGGACAGCACCCACCUGUGAGGAGGAGUUCGCAGAAACCUGGAAACGAGCAUGGCAACAGAAGGUGGGAGGGACCACUGAAUGGGACUCGGGAGGAGAAGCAAAGAGCAACGCACAACACAGGACUGGUGGCACUUUGCAUUAAAACUGUUUUGCGCCUCAUGUAAAACCUGCGAACUGCUGGUUUUCGUGAGUUUUUAAUGGAACGAACGUUCUCUUUGCCUGGUAUUUACUCGCUCUCCUGAAUAAUGGACUCUUAUUCUGACUUAACGGCGCUAAAAAUGGUGAGCGAGAGGUAUGCUGAAAGCUGAUCACUGCCUUUGACAUCCGCACUGCCAGUCGAACCCACCGCCAAAAAGGUCCACGCUGGGCGGACGUUCUUUUGUCCCGAGCAUGAAUUUUGAUAGACCUCCCAGGGACAAUGCACUCCCAAGGACAGGGAAACUCCAGUUGCAUUGCUCCCGGGGCCACCUCCAUAGCCAGACCGGUUCUCCCGCUUUCU